UGUCGGCAUUAAUGGUACUUUCCAGGAAGUCCUGUGCAAUGUGUAAUCCAGUGUUUUCUCUGGUCUUUGUGAACAAAUAUACGUUGUGUAAACGACGUAUUUGUUUUCUGUAAAACGACCAAACACUUUGUGACACAUGGCAGCUUCUUGAAAGAAAUAACAAAUAGUUUAGAGUUCGGCAGUAGCUGAAUAGCAGUACCUGCUCUUCGGAGUUAUCAUGCCAGACUGCUUCUGUCUGUGUGCGGUCCUACUGGGUCUCCUCAUUUUAACAUUAGCAGGUUGUAUAUUUUAUUCAGGACUCUUAGCGGAUAUCACUGUGAAAACCUGCUGUCCUACCUUUAAUAAGUUAACUUUCACCUAUAAAUUCAAAGAAGGCGCAUAUAAAGACAGCGGGGAACUUUUAAAGGAGGCUCGCUGUAUUGGACUUGGACUCCCAUGUCUUGGAGUGUUUUAUGAAGACCCUAAAAAGAUAUGUGCUCCACUUUGCCGCUAUGCGGUUGGCUGUAUUCUGAGUGAGGGAGAAAACAAAGUUGAUGAGGAACUUCUGAAACAAUGCAAGUCAUCAGGGUUUAGUGUCUUCUCCUUCCCCCAAGUGACCCACGUGAUUUCUACCUCAUUCCGUCACACAGCGCUUUUUUCUACGUACUUCAGAGUGAGAAGAGUCUACCCACAGCUUGAGCGCUACAUCAAGGAACGAAGGCUUUGCGCUCACCCUUUUCUCGAGCUCUACAGAGAUGGUGAGAUCCAGUUCAUCGUCCCUCUGGCUCGGCAGGGGGAUUUUUAUGUGCCGGAGGUACGGCAGGCAGAGAGGAAGCUGUCAGAACAAGAGGAAUUUCACAGUGAUACCGACAUCUCAGGUGCAGACUCCAACAGCGAAUACAGUUCUGGGAGCGGCUUUCUGCUGUCAGACAGCAGAGAGACGUCAUCGGUGGCGUCCUCCGUCCGCUCUGUGCCCGUUCGAGAUCAAGGGAGUGGAGACAACAAAGGGAGAAGCUCCAGGGGAGCCCAGUUUAAAGAACCGAAGUGGGAGUGGAGUGGCGGAGUUCAGAAAGGGAGAGGACAAAAUGGAGAGCCCAAAGAGGAGAGCCUGGAGGUCUCCACGGAGAAGUUGUGGGGUUUCGUUGGAGAGGAGGAGUAAAGAUUCAGUGAAACCUAUAAGCCGAGGAAGAAGAGAAAAGGCUGCUACGCUAUAUGUUGUUUUAAAAUAACAAUUCUUGUCGAAAACCAAAACCACCAACGGUGUUUAAAGAGUUUUAAUGAAAAAGAUUUAUAUUUACGAAAGUUAAAGUUUUCACUGGGCUUAAUGCAUUUUUAUUACUGAAGAGUGUUUCAAUUGUGCCUCAGAUUAAAAGACAACUGGUGCUAGACUCUGCAGAUGCAUUAGCAGAAAAAUACUGCACAAGGUUUCCACACAGUAUCAGGGAUCCAAAGCUUUUGGGAUUUUGUUUGUUUUCAUUUAGUGAAACCGUAAACAGUAUCACUUUGAACAGGUUGUUCUUGUUUCAGAAGCAUCGUUUAUGGUUGUGCUCAUUUCAUAGUCUUUGUUAAAAAGAAAAUGUAAAUAUCUGGAUAUUUUUUCCCCCUUUUUAAUGUACAAAAUUAUUUGAUAUGUUUUGACAGUGGAACAAUUUGUACUUGAAAAAAACAGAUACCUGAGGUUUAUGAAAUAUUUUCACUCUCUAGAAAAAUAAACAUUUUACUUGAA